AUGAGCGAUCCGCCCACGCAAGUCAUCCGGCAUGCGCGGCAUCCCACCGCUACCUCGCCGCCCCCUAAGAAUCGCCUCACCGAUGAUAUUCUGGCCAAUCUUGGCCCGCGCACCGUCGUCGAUGCCCUCAACACCGCUACCGGUGCCCUUCGGGCAUGUCUGACGAAUUCCUCGACCACAGAGCGCGACUUUCUCUUGCGCACAGCUUCUGCGUCCAAAGCCAUCUGGACGUGGGUCGACGAGUUGCAAAAUUGGCCCUGGCCCACUGAAUCAAGCUCUGCUGGGUUCGAGAUGCCUAGCGAGAAGGAGCGCAAGAGGCAAUCCAUGCAGCUUACAGUACCUGAUGGGGAUAACGACGGUUAUAUGGGUAGCCUGCUAGCUCGAGAGGUUACCCAAUAUGAGCGGAGGUUGGUCGAGAUCCAGCGCGAUCUGGAAGAUCUCGAAAUCGAGGAUAUCAAGGCGCAUGUCCUCAACAACCACAUCCUACCGCUUUCUAGGCCGGGCACACCUCUCACCGAGUUCACCAGGGUCGGGCAGCUGUCCAGUUCCAGUUAUAACCGCAUGGAGGAUCUCACCGCCGUCAUCACCGCCAUUGUCGUCCAGGCUCUGCCCAACCUGGCCAAAGUGACCCGGUUGCUGCAUUCCUGGGGCUUACGGCUCACAGUCCUACGCCAGGUUCCUCCUUUGUUAAUCGCCAUUGAGGAUGCUGAAGUUGCUCUCAAGUCAGGAUGGAACGCUAUUUCGUUGCCCUCGACCCAGACACCGCAGACCUAUAACAAGGUCUCCCCACGAGAACCGACAUUAACAAGGAAUAAUUUCGAGGUCAUGAAGGGGAUGCUGGAGAAGCAGAUUUCGCGCCCAGGCCGUUCCCUCGAUUACAUGCUCGAUUGCUUGGAAGGAUUGGUCGAUACACUCCCAGACGACUGGCUGGAUCGCAUGACUGCUGUGGAACAGGGCUACGUUGAAUGGGUUACAGUCUGCGAAAGGAAGGUUAGGGAGACUGAAUGGGCUGCCGCCUCGGCUCGGCUGCAACCACCUCGAUCCCCUUCGCCACUGAAGAAACUUGUCGACGUCGACGAAUCUACUGUUUACGGCGAAACCCUGGUUGCCGACGACUCUUCUAGUGAUGCAGAGAGCACCGCAGACGCCAACGAGGGCCUCGCGCCCAUUCCGCUGCUAUUGCCGCGCAAAAACGGAACAGUGGCUGAACCCCAGAAGUCUAGAAUGGCUUCUGGUGCAUCCGAGGCCGAGACAGUUGUGCCAGACUCCAUCACGAAAGAUGUGUCGUCAGAAAGCGAGCCUGACAGUCCUUCUUUCAACAUCACCGGCGAGUUUGCAGAGCCGAGUCAAGAUUUGACUGGGACCUUUGAUGGUACGAGGGAGAUGUCGUCUCCCUUGGGGGCAGCUCAACCUCCCACACCGACCACUGAGCAUAACUUUAGCUCUUCGCUGGUUCACACCCCCGAAACACCCAACCGUCACUUCCCCCAGGAUUUCGAUCUCGACGAGUCCCCGGAUCUGCCACCUCUUCGCCCUAUCCCUUUCGCCAGGCCAAGGACCGGUAUUGCUCGAGACCUCACAGUCACUCGUCGAUCGUCAAGCCAUUUCGAUGGCUUGUCCAGUGACCCCCCUGAAAUAUCCGCUUCUCCUGAUCUUCCUCGUACUCGAAUUCGGGAGGCCGAGUACAUUCAAGCUAGCCCACCUAGCUCUCCGCCUAUGCGAGUGGCUGAUUCGCGUGAAUCGUCUAUGCCUCCCUUUGACAGUCCUCUGUUGGGACCUAACCGGAGCAUCGACGACCUCAACCUGUCGAUUAAUGCGAUCGAUGACUCGUUUACGGAUGACUUUGACGACGAAAUUUCCAUCUACGAGUAUACGGGUCCUUUUGAUCGUCGAGGGAGCACAGGCGACCAGCAACUGCAGCAACAGAUCAGCCAAAUCAUUGAGUCUAUUCCUGCAAAGAUCAAGCUGUCAACCGAGUUGCCUAAAGUCAACUUGAACCCGCCAGACUUGCAAUUACCGCGGGUACGAAAGAGACCCUCUGUAGAGCCAUUCCGCAGGAGCGCUUCGAAUCUUUCCUCUAGAGCAGGAACACCUUCGUUUACGCUCUCGCCGGCCAAGAAUGCGAGGGUCCGGAAUCGUGGUCAGCAGGAGAUCAAGGUUUACCAUCUCUCUCGGUCGACUGGCGAGGCCCCGAUCAAGCUAUUCAUCCGCUGCGUUGGAGAGCAGGGCGAGCGUGUCAUGGUCCGUGUCGGUGGCGGCUGGGCAGAUCUUGGAGAGUACCUCAAGGAGUAUGCUAACCAUCACAAACGGCGAUCCGCCGGCGCGUCCAAUGCCAAGGUCGAGGUCCUCCCUGAUGUGCCUGUCACACGAAGAUCCAACUUCGGAUCAAGUCCAACAAGCCGACCACAUUCGGCACUCGAGAUGUCCCCCAUGUCACCUCUCGCUGUCCGUAAGACGCGACGAAGUGUUGGAGCCAUGAGCAGUGAGGUCCCGAGGCUCCAUCCCAGGACACCAGCCGUGGCGCCUGCACAGGGUGAGGAUGGUCCAUCGUCAGGAGAGUCCAACCGAUCGAGGUCCAGUUCUCGACUUAGUUGGGGCGAGGACGAAAGCUCAUUCCUGGGACUUGCAGGACCCUCGGGCAAGAAGGUUGAGAUGAGCGAGGAAAACAAGGCAUGGGUCGAAAGCGUGAAAGAGAAGGUUAGAAUUGCAAGCGGCGAACGAAAGAUCUCGUCAAGCAGUCAAUUUGGUGAGCUGGGUAAAGUAGGCGGCACGAAACGAUUAUUCAAAAGAGCCGAAGACCGUCGAGAUUCAAGAGGAAGCCUUCGAUAA